CUAUUUUUUUUCUUCUUGGAGUUAGAAAAAUAUAUUAAAACCCUUCCUUUCAGCACACAAUAAAUGAGGAAAUAAUCCCUUUUCUCUCAGUGCUUGUUGAUUCCUCCAAUUUCAGCAAUCCACCGUCAUCAUCCUUAAGGGUGGAAAAGAUGACAGAGAUCUCACUGGGAACUCAUACAAUAAAAUCUCAUGGAAUCAAGGUGGCCAGAGCAAAUUUACAUAGCUGGUUGAUGCUGAUACUUCUCGGUGUGAUCGACGGCCUGCUGAACUAUAUCGAGCCAUUUCACCGUUUCAUCGGACAAGACAUGAUGACGGAUUUAAAAUUCCCCUUCCAUAAGGACACUAUUCCGAUGUGGGCUGUACCAGUUAUUGUAGUAUUCGUGCCUUUCAUGAUUUUCGGCUUAUACUACUAUUGGAGAAAAGAUAUUUAUGAUCUUCACCACGCCGUACUAGGUAUUCUAUAUUCUGUUCUUCUAACUGGAGUUAUUACGGAUUCUAUCAAAGACGCCGUUGGUAGGCCGAGACCGAAUUUCUUCUAUCGGUGUUUCCCCGAUGGAAAGGCGGUGUUCGACCAAGUUAACGGGGAUGUCAUAUGCCAUGGGGAUGCAAAGAUUAUAAAGGAAGGAUACAAAAGUUUUCCUAGUGGACAUACUUCAUGGUCCUUCGCAGGUCUUUGUUUCCUUUCAUGGUAUUUAUCGGGAAAGAUCCGGGCAUUCGAUCGUCAAGGUCAUGUGGCAAAAAAUUGUAUCGUGAUUAUCCCAGUACUCGUUGCUGUUCUUAUCGGUAUUUCUCGCGUUGACGACUACUGGCAUCAUUGGACAGAUGUUUUCGCCGGAGCUCUUAUAGGAUCAUCAAUGGCAGCAUUUUGUUACCUGCAAUUCUUUCCCUUUCCUCAUUAUCACGAUGGUUGGGCACCUCAUGCAUAUUUCAAGAUGAUAGCUGAAAUGCAACGUAAUGUUGAAUCUCCAGAAAGCACCGUCACCCCUCUCCAAACGAAUCAAUCAGAUAUUGAAAUAUAAACUAUGUGAUUAGUAGAAUCGGGUUCAACAGCUACAUUAAGCAGA